CUCGCGGUGAAGUUAAAAAGCUUCCGCUCGCCGCCGCCUGGAACCUCAGAACGCAGUAAAGACAGGCAGGAACGCGCCUCGUUUAAAGAAGGACCAGGCCCGGACGGACCCGGGAUGUUUCGGUCCAGAAAGACACCGAGAGCACAGUAAGACUGCUCCUUAGUCGUCCCGGGCCAUACAGACCUCGCUGGGUAGCUGCUUCGUGACCCGGAAUCCUGCUUCGCCAGCGCCCCGCCGGUGUCCGGCUGGCCCAGGCUCUCCCUCUUGCGCGUCUGAGGUGAAUUGGAGGGAGCCAGAGCCGGCGCGCUCGGGUUUAUGCCCACGAGAAAAUGCGAGCUUCUCCUGUUGAGCCUGCUGGGAACUUUUAAGCACCAAGUUUCAUGUUUCCUUUGGAGAUCUGGGAGCAGGAAAGGUCGGCAGAAGCUGCGAGAGGAGCCCCUGGCAGGAACUGGCUGCCGGGCCGGGCGGGCCGAGGCGCAGACAAAGGCCGCCGCGGCGCUGGCGACGGCGAUGGCGGGCAACGGCUCGCUGUGCGCCCACGACGACUCCUUCAAGUACUCGCUGUACGGGUGCGUGUUCAGCACGGUGUUCGUGCUCGGCCUCAUCGCCAACUGCGUGGCCAUAUACAUCUUCUUCUGCGCCCUCAAAGUGCGCAACGAGACCACGACAUACAUGGUUAAUCUGGCCAUGUCAGACUUGCUUUUCGUUUUUACUUUACCUUUCCGGAUUUUCUACUUUGCGACGCGGAAUUGGCCAUUUGGAGAUUUGCUCUGUAAGAUUUCGGUAAUGCUGUUUUAUACCAACAUGUAUGGGAGCAUUCUGUUCUUGACCUGUAUUAGUGUAGAUCGGUUUCUGGCAAUCGUCUACCCAUUUAAAUCCAAGACUCUAAGAACCAAACGAAAUGCAAAGAUUGUUUGCAUUGCUGUAUGGUUCACGGUGAUGGGAGGAAGUGCACCCGCAGUAUUUUUUCAAUCCACCCACUCUCAGGGUAACAGUACCUCAGAAGCCUGCUUUGAGAACUUCCCAGCAGCCACAUGGAAAACCUAUCUCUCUAGGAUUGUAAUUUUCAUCGAAAUAGUGGGUUUUUUUAUUCCUCUAAUUUUGAAUGUAACUUGUUCUAGUUUGGUGCUAAGAACCUUAAAUAAACCUGUUACAUUAAGUAGAAGCAAAAUAAACAAAACUAAGAUUUUAAAAAUGAUUUUUGUACAUUUGGUCAUAUUCUGCUUUUGUUUUGUGCCUUACAAUGUCAAUCUGAUUUUGUAUUCUCUUAUGAGAACACAAACAUUUGUCAACUGUUCUGCAGUGGCAGUAGUAAGGACAAUGUACCCCAUCACUCUCUGCAUUGCUGUUUCCAACUGUUGCUUUGACCCCAUAGUUUACUACUUUACUUCAGACACAAUUCAGAACUCAAUCAAAUUGAAAAACUGGUCUGUUAGAAGGAGUGACUCCAGAUUCUCUGAAGUUCAGGGCUCAGAGAAUUUUAUUCAGCAUAACCUUCAGACCUUAAAAAGCAAGAUAUUUGACAGUGAAUCUACAAUAUAAGCUGCCUGAACUAAAACCACUGGGACAACACCUCCAAGUUCCUUCAACUAUGAUGUGUCCUACUGGAAAAACUAUUCACCUCAAAAAGAAAACACAUGGACAUUUUGAUGUUUUUAAAGAUUUGAAUUCAAUGUGUUAAACAUUAAAAUAUAUUCUACCCUU